CGUCCCUUCAUUUCGUUGCGUACCAAAGCAAUUGACGACACUCUUUGUCCCUCAGACGCCCCGCAAUGAUGCUAUGUAUCUUGGCUUCGAUUGUCCUCGCACUAGGCUGGCAAAGCUGUAGAUAUUUGAAGCUGACACCGCCUUUCGUAGGUCCCGCUACUCGACCACCCUAGUAGCACACGGAUGUUCCUGCUCAACCUCAGGACGACAGUACUCAAAUCCACUCCGCUGCGGUGCUCAGUGGACCAUGCCACCUGGACAAAACGUCGCUGCGUUGCGGAAGGCAUGCCACUCGGUGUUUCCCGUAGCGUAUCAACGAGCGCUCCGCUCCUCGUCCGCAGCGACGUCAUGCGCCGGCCAGGCCUUCAUAAUGGUCCUGACCGCAAGUCCUCGACGCUGAGUCUCGGCAAUCCUGCUGAGCAUGGAGCUUGCCUCCCGAACAAGCAGCCAGCAUUAGCUCUGCCGGUGAUCUCGCGGCCCGCCCUUCCUGCUGUGAUCGCCUUGCAUCAAGACCCAGACUACGCCACGGGAGAGGGUCGAGUCUUCUGGGUCUGGCUAUCUUUGCCCUUCAUCUUCGUCGUCCCACUUUACCUCUCUUACAAGCAUGACAAGCAUCUCGUCGAUCUAGCGACGGGAAAGGAGAAGCCUGAUGACGGGAGCAAUCGCGUUCUCUUCCCCGGGCUAAAGGAGGGCAAGAAGCCAGACCGCCAGUUCCUGGACAAGGUCUGGCGUCGUCUGAUGGCCGAGGAUCUCGCUGUGCCUUACAAGACGCUUAUGAGAUUCGCCGCGCUGCUGCCCCGAGCGCUGCAGGACGGUAUCAGCCAGGCGUACGCAGAAGUUGCAGAGUGGUAUCUCACGCUCCCGACUGCCAAGAUGGCUGUCGUACCGAUCAUAGCGGUCAAUACUGCAAUAUAUACCGCCUGGAUGGUCGCGCGACGUCGCCCUGCAAUGCUUGGCUUCAUGAUGCGCAACUUUACCACUGGCCUGGAUCUCAGCCGACCCUGGACCGUCUACCUCAGUCCCUUCUCCCACACGACGGUUACCUCGCUCGUGCUAACGUCGGGAGCCCUCUGGUAUUUCUCCGCCGAGGCCCUCCAAGCCUUCAUGCCCAUCCUGAUAGAGGUGGUGAACAAAGAGAGCGAGACCGGUGUGCGCCCCGGCAUCCAGCAUGCGCCUCCAGAGGUAGAUUACAGAUGGCAGCUACUUGCUGCCUUUCUCUUUGCGAGCGUCGGGGGCAGAUUGGCUUCACGCUUCGUGCAGCGCAUAGCGCACAACAGGCUGAUGCUCAAAGCGAAGGAGUUUCCACCUCUCGCUGAACAAGCGCGUCAAGAGAUAGCGCAACUGCGAGCUCAGCGCUUUCACGGCGCGUGGCCGGGGGUCUAUGGAGUAUUUGGCGGCACGGCAGCAUUGUCCCUUCUAUGCAUCGAACCCGCGCAGUGUCGCAUUGGCAUCUCAGCCCUCAUGGAUCGUACUUUCCCCUAUGGGAAGGCCUUCAAGCUGGCGUGUUCUGUCCACAUCGCAUGUCUCGUGAUGGGCUUCAGGCGUUUUGAUCAUGCGGCGCACGUAGGCGGGGCUCUGUGUGGAUGGCUCUGGGUGAAAUAUGUCGAGGCAGCGUGGCUUGGCGCGAGAGAAGGCGUCGCCCAAAGCCAUGAGGGAGGCAAGGCAAAUGCGGUAGCGGCUGAAGGCGAUGGUCAGAGGAAGGCUCCUCACGGUAGCUGAAGUGGGAGUCGAGCGUGGGUCUCGAUGGGACAAUGCAGCUUUCUUUGUGCUUUUGAUCUCGUCGCCGUAGAGCUUGACCACGUGGCGUCCCAUGCUCAGUCCGCUUCCCGUCGAAGCGUCCCACGCCCUCGGCGCACGUCCCUUUGUCCGUCACCCACUUCAAUCAAUU